UAAUGUUUGCAUGAAUCGAAUCGAAGUCAGCAGCACAUGGUCAAAUCGAACGCUUGAGAAACGACAAACCACAUUUUUCCCAUUAACAUUUUUGAUCAACGAUUUCCAUACAUUUUGAGUAUUUUCAAUUUUUUUUCAAAUUUCAUCACUCUGAUAAAAUGGCCGGCAACAUUGGACGUCGAUUAAUUCCAUUGUUAGAUCGUGUACUCAUCGAACGAUUUAUACCACAAACGGUAACCAAAGGUGGUAUUGUUUUACCGGAAAAAGCACAGAGCAAAGUACCAACCGGUACUGUUGUAGCUACUGGUCCUGGUCGUACAAACGAGAAAGGUGAAGCUAUCCCAAUGGGUGUACAAACCGGCGACAAAGUACUUUUACCCGAAUAUGGUGGUACAAAAGUUGAAAUCGAAGAUAAAGAGUAUUAUAUUUUUCGUGAUUCGGAAAUUCUUGGUAAAUGGCAAGACUAGACGUCACGAAUCAUAAUAAUAAGCUAUACCAUUUUCUUCCACAUUUCGAAAUUUUAAAUUCAUAAAUGAAAGUUAGAUUUUUGUAUAAAAGAACAAAUUGUGGUCAAAAAAAAAACAAUUUAGUCGGAAUAGUUGUGUACGUUUGAAAUAUAAUUGUGUCAUUUUUAUAGCAAAUCAAAUUAAAAAUUUUCUAUUGUCAAAAAAAA